AUGAGAGAAGUCAACUUCAGCAUCCCCAAUGUGAAUAAGGCAUCUGUCAACAUCACAACAACCCUCUACGACCGACGAGCGCUCGACUGCACCUCGACCCUACCGCUAAUAAAUUCUCUCAACCACCUAGCCUACCUGACCACCUCGUCCGCGCGGAUUCGAGACAUCUUGACCGUCGAUGGCGGCAUUGAGCGAUUAGUAUGCAUCCUGAAGGAGGGCCGGAGUAAGGACCUGAUGGAGAUGUGGAAAUGGAGUCUGGCCUUUCAAUGCGUCGUCAACAUCGGAGUGCGUGGCUCUGAGGCCGUGCGGACUCGUGUCGUCGAGGCCGACAUGGUCCCUGUCAUUGCAACCAUCCUCGAUAAUUACGUCCAGGUCGUCGACAAGGUGCGCGCGCGUGCCGAUGCGGAACGGUCGGCGGCUGCAUCCAGACAUCUAAUUCCUCCACCCCAUCUCCGAGAUCAGGCAGGCCUGACCUCGUCAUCUUCAAUAUUUGAGCGCUCCGCCGCAAUGGACCAGCGGCCAUCGCGUCGACAGGCCCCUCCGCCGUCGAUCGAGAUUCCCCAGCCCUACAGCCACGAUCAUCCGCACCAUCAUCACCAUCACCACCAUCAUCACCGCCACCACCGCCAUCACCACGAUCCACACAAUCAACACAACGAUGAUGAUUCAAAUGAUAUGGACACUGCGCCUUCACCUUCACCCCAGCCCCAAAUGGUUUUAACGUCUCCUCCCGAACGAACAACUUUCGGCCGCGAUGUCCACAACCCACGAUACCAUGACCUCCGGUAUCAACAAGCCUCCCCCGGCAUCCGACCGAUGCAACCUUUGGCUACUGCUGUUCCCACCAUGGAUGCUGUCGAUGGCUUCGGUUUGCGGCCGGUUCAAGAUGGUCUUCGUCUGCCCAGCAUGCAGGUCUCCACCCCACGAACGGCUGGCAUCACAUCCCAACCCGAAUCACCCACAACACCAGGAGGACCCUCGCAACCCCGCAGUGUAUCUACCAUUCGACUAGUGCGGCCUGCCCUGCAUCAUACCCAAUCUGGCUCGGGGGAUUCUGACGAUGCUAAUGGAGAAGACUCACCCAUGGUAGAUGAAGGCCAAUCGGAUGAUGUGGAUGAACCCAUUGUCGGCGUCCAAAAUGGCAUGGAAAUCGACGAUGUAGGCGAUGGCGAGUCGCUGCUGGAUGAUACAGAAUCUCGUGGCUUGGCAAUGUCGGAUCCAUCCCGAACUCAAGAUACUGAAACCUUCAACAUUACACACCGCUCCGCUGUCGAUGGCAGCAUUGUCAAUACAACUAACCCUCAAGCGCCAGGCACAUUAGGCUUCUCGCCGACGAAUGCUCCAGCGAAUACAAACUCUCCUACGUUGAACCCAAGUCCGUUUUCGGCUUUUCUUCGAAAUCACAACUCACCACAAGGCGUCCUGACUGCAAUGCCCCGUGAUGAGGAUGUCCUUAUGGCUCUUCAGCUUCUUGCAUACGUUUCGAAGUAUUGUGAGCUUCGGACUUAUUUCCAAGAAUCCCAUCUAGUACCUAAACUCAAGAUAGGACACGAAUUGAGUUUAUUGGAUGAUCCCACGGGUUCUAGUAUGCCAACGGAGGAAAUAACCGAGGAGGAGGAGGAAGAAUACAUCCGCCCCGAUGACUACAACCUCUUCCCUCUGGUUGAAAAGUUCACCGUCAGACACCACUCAAAGGACAUGCAGUACUGGGCGGAGGAAUUCGUCAAUGUGCAUUUUGGGAGUGCAACAAAUGGGAGAAAUACCAACGGCAAUUCGCAAAGUGUCGUCGCUGCCGUCGAACCAAGUACUGCAGUAAAGAAUGCCAGAAAGCUGCUUGGGUGUACCAUCGACACUGGUGCCACAGCACGCCAUGAUAAUUUCCAAUCUACUCCUGCAGCGGCGUUCAUACUCCAUCUCAAAGAUACCUUGUUUCUGCACUACUGA